GUACCCAGUGACUGAAGCUUUAACACACACAGUUGAUUUCCUGCUGAAUUUGUGUGGCAGCAGUGAUUUUUCAUUUUCACUCUGUUUUUUUGUGGCUGUUUCCAGUCAUUUACUCUUAAUGUUCAGAUGGGAAUACACUGCAGUACUACUCCAAAGACCGUAGACUGUCUGUACGACACCGCCAGCCAUGCAGGUGUGGUUCCUGAUGCCUCCCUGGAUGCCUCACUGGCCUCUCUGCUGUCUCUGAACUCCUCGUUCGCUCUGGAGCAGCAGUACUCCAAUCUGCAGAGUAAUAUGACACAGGAGCAGAGGUCUGCCUUCAACCGUGACCUCCGCACCCUGUUCGGAGGAAACACUACGGUGAGUUACGGAGGCGUGGGUGUUGUUGCGCUUGCCCUAUCAGUCCUGUUCGAGAUGCUAGCCCAUCAUCAGACCACUGGUUUGGGCUCGUGGAGCCCUGAGAACCGCCUUCAGCCUCCGGACCCCAUACGCAGAAUGUUCGGGGCUGACGUGUGGUCGGACGUCAGCUCCAUUGCCAGCGAGUUGCUCAAACAGAUUCCUGCUGCAGCCAAUGACCAGGCCAAGAUGGCAGCGCUGAUGGAGAACUACGAGAGGAAGCUUCAGUCGGAGCUGAUGGAUUUCUACGAGCGGAUGGUGUUACCAGAGAGGAGCACGCUCAGCUCUGCCGGGGUGAAGCAAUGGAUGAAUGGAGCUGCUCUCCAUGUCCACACUUUCCUCCACUGGAAGCGUCUGACCGACCCAUCGGCUGAGGAAGUCUUAAGUCUGGACUACCUGGAUCGUGUUGACCCUCUGAUCAAAGUCUACAGAGAGUAUCUGACCAAAAUGGUUAAAGUGUCUCCGGCCUCGAGGUCCGGCACCAGUGGGCUCCUGAUAGUGGAGCCUCUCAAAAACGUGAGCCACUCGGUUCAGUAUAGGUCCUGUGAGCGCAGGGCCAUCCAGCAGACUCUGGUGGAGCGCUUCCUGCCGGAUCAGAACGUGCAGAGAGUAAAGCAGUUCUUCCAGAGCUCCCACAGUCAGUGCGACGCUCUCAUCGCACAGUUAGGACACUUUCAGCUGAGAUUUGAGAACAAUGACGGAUUCAAAAAUACAAAUGACGGGUAGCUGCCUCACACAGUGGAAGACAAAAGAUGUUUGGCUUAAAUGCAUGUUCAUCACAGCCAUAUUUAAAAAGACUUUACAGAAAAUGGUCAUAGAAGAUACUGUAUACCUUCCAGAAUGUGCCCAUCAUGUAAUUAUAAUGGAGCCGUUUUAAUAAAUAAUAUAAUAAACAAACCCCUCUGCCUGUCAUAACUGUGUGUAAAGCUUAGUAUUUCUUUACAUGUUCAAACAGUGUGAAUGGAGCUGUAAUAAAGGUGGCGCUUCAUAUAU